GAGAGCGGCGCUGGGCGGGCAGCGGCCGGGGGCCGAGGGGCGGGCGGCGGCCGCGGGGCCGGGGCUCGGGGGGGGGGCCCAUGCGGCGCCGGGCGGUGGCGGCGGCGGCGGCGGCGGCGUCCCCGCGCUGAGCCGGGCCGGGCGGUAGCCAGCCGGGCGGGCGGCCCCAGCCAUGCAGCCCGGCGCGCCCGCGGGCACAUGGGGCAGCGCUUGAACCGCUGCCUCGAUGUGCCCGGCGCGCUCCCGCCGCCGCUGCUGCCGCUGAAGCGGAGGCUGCUGCUGCUCUCCAUCAUGCUCUUCCUCUGGCUCUACAUGUUCUACUCGUGCGCCGGCUCCUGCGCCGCGCUGCCCGGGCUGGCGCCCCGCGGCUCUGCCCCGCCGGAGGAGAGCGGCCCCGGGGAACCGCGGGCAGCGCCCGCCGCCCUCAGCCCCAUCUCCGCCUUCCUCAACGGCUCGGGCAGCAAGCGGCUGCCGCAGGCCAUCAUCAUCGGCGUGAAGAAGGGCGGCACGCGGGCGCUGCUGGAGUUCCUGCGGGUGCACCCCGACGUGCGCGCCGUCGGCGCCGAGCCCCACUUCUUCGACCGCAACUACGAGCGGGGCCUCGCCUGGUACAGGGACCUCAUGCCCAGGACCCUGGAGGGGCAGAUCACCAUGGAGAAGACCCCCAGCUACUUCGUCACCAAGGAGGCCCCAGCCCGCAUCUCCUCCAUGGCCAAGGGCACGAAGCUGAUCGUGGUGGUGCGGGACCCCGUGACCAGAGCCAUCUCGGACUACACACAGACGCUCUCCAAGAAGCCCGACAUCCCCACCUUUGAGAGCCUGACCUUCAAAAACAGGACUACGGGCCUGAUCGACACCUCGUGGAGCGCCAUCCAGAUCGGCAUCUACGCCAAGCACCUGGAGAACUGGCUGCUCUACUUCCCCAUCGGGCAGAUCCUCUUCGUCAGCGGGGAGAGGCUGAUCAGCGACCCCGCGGGGGAGCUGGGCAGGGUCCAGGACUUUCUGGGCCUCAAGAGGAUCAUCACCGACAAACACUUCUACUUCAACAAAACCAAGGGCUUCCCCUGCCUGAAGAAGGCGGAGGGCAGCAGCAAACCCCACUGCCUGGGGAAAACGAAAGGCAGGACCCACCCCGACAUCGACCAGGAGGUGGUGCAGAGGCUGCGGGACUUCUACCGGCCCUUCAACAUGAAGUUCUACCAGAUGACGGGGCAGGACUUCGGCUGGGACUGAGGCUGGCGUGGGAAAGUCCCCUGUAAUUACUUGCCCAUCACAGUUUGCGUAUAUAAAGAGAUAUAUAUGUAUGUAAAAUGUACAGAAAUCUAUUUUAUAAUAAUUUAUUUUUAAUUCCUAAGCAAUUAAUUCACUAAGCUGCCUAACCGCACUGGCUAGAACGGUAGCCUGUAACCUGUUUAACAUUCCACCGUGUUUAAUUCUAAUACGUCUCUUCUUUUUUUUUGUUUUUCCUCCUGUUCUUUUGGUUUGGUUUGUAACAGACGGUGCUUCCAUUUUUCCUAAAGAAGAUUUGUAUUUAAAAAUAAAAAAAAAGCAAAAAAAAAAAAAAAGAAAAGGCAAAAAAAAAAAAAGGGAGGGAGGGGGGGGAGGGAGGGAGGGAAAGCACAGAUUUAUUUUUGUUACGGGUAUCUGGCCUUUAUAAACAAUUGCUUUCCCUAUUCCGGUGUCCCGGUCUCUGCUCCCUCGUCCCAGGGGUUCUGUGGGGUGGGUGGGUGCAGAGCUGGUGGGUCAGAGCGUGGGGAACCCAAGCCAUAGAGCCUCUGCCCGGUGUGCCGUGCUCCUUUCCUAAUGGGGAUGCUGCAGAGCCUGCGGCGCGGGCAGAGUGGGCUCGUCAGCCUGCUGCUCCUUGCCUUGUGUCGAGGAGGCUCUUUCCCACAGCCCCUCUAUGCAUUUUAAAUCUUGACUGCAGGACAAAUGUGAAAAUGCAUGUAUGUGAGUGCGAUGCGCUCUGCGCCUCUCGGAAGCCACAGUGGUGCCUUCCCCAGGUGGGGAGAUGCCAGAGACACCCACAGAGCCACCUGAGCCCCCAAGUCUGAGCUUGGCACUCUGCCCCCCCAGGGCGCCGCCCCUGCUGGGAAACAGCAGCUGGCCCUCUUUGCUCAUGCUGUAUUUUAACUGACCACCUUUCCCAUGCUCUCUCCCAAGGAGCAGUGUGUGCUUAGAGCUGGGAAAAAUGCUGCUUUGCCAACCUAUAGAGAAGCAGGGGGAGGCUGGCAGUCGGGCAGGACGGGAGGCUCUGAGCACCUCACUGUCAAGCCAUGUGCAGUGACCUGGAAAUCCUUCCCCAGAAGUGGAAUUGAGCGUGUUGGAAUGUUAGAACAGGUUGGCAGGGCUCUCCCGAAAGCUCCAGCUGUGUUUUGCAUGCUCAGGAGGUUUUGGUAAUCGCUGUGUGUGCCCAAUGCCUUGUUACUGUCAGAGGUUCUGUCAGCUCAGCUGAACACCUGCAGGGCUGUGGUGAAGCUGUAUGGGGUGCGGGCUGACACAGCAGUGUUCCAUUGGGUACCGUGUCCAUGCUGGUGGGGUGUGUAGGGUUCACACCCCGUGUGCACGUCCUCAAGGAAUAGGAGAUGUCAAGCAUGAUGCCAGGUAGCAAACCUGCAGUGAGCAGGGCCAGCACCCCACGUGGGCAUUGCCUCCAAACACGUCUUCCUACAAAAAGAGAACAUGGUGCAAAUCCUCUCCUCCUUGCACCAAGCCUUUUCUGGCAGUGAAGCAGUGCCACCAACAGAAGUGUGGGGCCCAACAGGUUAGCGGGGCACAGCCCGCUGUCCCACAAACACAGCUGAAACCCGUAGUGGUGGUUGGAUCUAUGCACAUGAGGGGGCUUUGGUGCCCAGCCAGGCCCCGUUCCCUACCAACGGAUGCAUGAGCACGUUGCAGACCUCGUGGUGUUGGGUGGCCUGAGAGAAGGAACUGCUUGGGGCGGGUGGGGUGGUGAGAAGGAAAGCCUUAGUGCUGGAAAAGAGUGAUGAGGGGUUGCAAAAUCCUCAGUCUUCCUACAAGCUGGCUUAUGCCAAGUGCAGAAGGAAAAAGCUUGCCUUCCCCGAGUAGUUCCCACUCUGUGGCUUCCCUGCCCUGUGUUUCCUUUUGGGGUGCAUGUGCUUGCCUGGUCUUUGUGCUGGAAGAUUCAGCAUCCCUCCUCUCUUCUAGGACACAACUUCUUAAUAUCCCGAUGCCUUCCUCAGCUGCGUGGCAUUGCGCAGGCUUCAUUUGUGUUAUCCAACCCUGCUGCAAAAUGCCCUCACGAAGCAAUCCUGUAGAAGAGCAGCAAUACAGAGGGUGAACAAUAACUCUUCUAACUGUGAGCAAAUGGUUAGUCCUGCCUCCAUAUCCUCUGCAGUGAAGUCUGCAGUAAACUUCAUUCACUAUAAAGGCCUUACCUGACAGUGUGACAAUAAGGGUGAAUUCCCCACGGUGUACGUCCGGUUGCUAAUACUGGAAUCAGUUCUAUUGCCAUCACUGAAAAACAAAACCUUUGGUGUUUGUUUGUUUGUUUGUUUGUUUGAAAUUAAGCUUGGAGGUGUGAUUAGAAGUUCUUAUCUUUCUUUUUUUCCUUCACAUUGUAACAUUAAUUUAUGGCUGAGUUUCAUUCAGUCCUGUAUUCAGAAGUGCAGUACAGCUAUUAGUGAUGCGUUCUCUGUAACGUGGUACUGUAGAGUAGCCCAUUUGUUAAAAAAAAAUUAAAAAAUAGUAAUAAUAAUAAUAAAAAAAAAACAAAAUGGAAAGAGAAAAAAAAACCCACACAAAAAAGUCUGAUUUAAAAAAUGUAAAUCAAGUAUUUUGUGGUAUGUACGACACAAAUUAAUUUUACACAGAGAAAGAUGUUUCUAGGAAAAUGAAAUUCUGAUAAUUCAUACUAUUUGUAUGAACAAAUAAAAACUCUAUUUUACCAA